AUGACCGUUCCGUUCAAGAAGGAGCUCAAAGGAUUGCCUACCCUUUAUGCAAGAGUUGUUAUGUGUGCAAUGAUCAAUCAGACAUUCUGGUCUGGACAGUUUUGUAUGCAGACAAAGGAUUCAGGGGUGGAUGACAUUGACAAAAACUUGAAACAGAUAUCACCACCCACACACAACCACUCAUUGGACCUUGCUACUUUAAGCACUCUGCAGCAAUUCACCAAUACCAUCCUCAAGCCGAACGAUUCAGAUCCCUCCCUCCUCCAGAAAAUCUUCGCGUCACUUUAUUCUCCUUUACAAACCAUCUUCACAGCAAGCACCAGCAAAAAUUACUACAAGACCACCGAUCCCUUCAAAGUUGAUUCAUACAUUCAUAUGUCCGAUAUAACUCUUUGCGAAGCCUCAAGGGGGAAUACAAAUGACGAAGUCACCCACCCGAACUACCAGCUCCCUGAUCCAAAAGAAAGGAUAUGGUACGAGCUCUGUGAAAGUCUCGGAUGGUAUUGGCCACCACUAAGUCCAAAGACGGAUGAAAAUUAUGCGCGAUCUCGUGUUUUAGUUCACUUUGGUCGAUUAAAUUCGUUGACUCAAAGCGAGAUUUUGAAGUUCAAUCAAAGAUCAAAUGGUGAGAAUUAUAAUCCAAAUCGAAUUGAACGCUACUGGACCACAUGGCAUCUUCGUGCAAUCUUUUUGGAAGCUAUCGAAUGGGCUGUUAAUGGAUAUUCAUCAGAUCCUGAUUUACUUAUCUUUCGAGAUUUCACCUCUAAUAGUGAAUUAACUUGGCUUGAUCUUAACCAUUUCCGUUCUGAGAAACUCUUAGCCAAACAAAUCGAUUUUCCUGUUGGUAUACACUUUUACGCUACCGACCCGCUUCAAGGUGCUGGACCAUCUCUUCCUCAUCUUCUCAAAGCACAAGUUUCGAAAAUCGAUCUAGACAAAAGUCCGUCUCAAGGGUUUUGGUCAAUUGGAUUUCAAAGAACUCCAUACCCAACUCAUGAAAUUAAUUUUAGUCAUUCUGAAGCAUACCCUUCAGUUCAUGUACCUCAUCAUCUUGGCAAGAUUGGUGAGAUUUGGGUAGAGCAUGGUAAAGCAGGAGUCGAGAAUCGGAUCUUGUUUCGUAAGACGGUAGCAGAAGAUGAUCUUUCGAUUCUUAUUUGGCCUCAAUACCAGCCUGCUCAUCUUGAUCAAAAACGUCCAUUGACUCAACUUCCACGAAUACCAGCCUAUGCAGAUGAGAUUGUUGAGAUCACUGUUCGAUUUGAUUGGGCUAGUCAGACUUCUGAAGAUUCCUCUAUUUGGCGCCCUAAUCAUUACAACUGGCCAAAUCCUACCACACGAUAUUCACACUACGUUAAGAGACCGAUUACGAUGCCAUUGGAAAGAAGUGUCGGAUCUUUGGAAGAUGAGAAGACAAAUUCAACAGAAAUUGAUGGUGAUUUUUUACGAAAAAGAAUUAAGACUUUAACUCCAGAAUCAAAAGAAACAGAUUCCAAUUCAGAUCAUGAUCAUUCUCCAAGUCAAAAUCUUUCUUCUUCAAGACUAAAACGUUCGAUUGAUCAAGUCAACAGAUCAGAGAAAAAACAGAUCAAGGUUGUAGAGAAGAUUGUUUCACCAAGACUUAUGAUCCGACUUCCUUCUUCAAUCGAGUCUAGAAAAGUAGAUACAGAUACAGAUAUAGAUGCAGAUACAAAUCAAGCUCAGCCUUCAUCACGUCGUAAGAGAUCAAACUCUGGAGUUUCAGUAACCCGUCGUACUUCUUUACCUAGAGCAAGUAAAACUAAAAAUACCGAGACUUGA